AUUGAUUCAAUUCACUAUAGUCGAGUCGAGUGAAACGACGCAAACAAAUCCAUAUCAUCAUUCAAUCGAUCAACAUUUCAUUUAAUUCAACCAAAAAUCAAUCGCAACAAGAAAAAUGUUCUCAAAACUUAUGAUUCUUAUGGCUAUGGCUAUGGCCAUUACAAUUGUUUCGGCUCAAAGUAAAAGCGAAUGUCAAUUACAAAAAGAAAAAGAAGAUAAAAAAGAAAACACUCCAUUGAAAUUGGAUGUUCGUUGUUUGGAAAAUGGAGAUUAUGCACCAUUACAAUGUUUCCCUGAAAGUAAAUUCUGUUAUUGUGCAACACCGGAUGGUACCCAAAUUACACAACCAUCACGUAAUCGUAAAUUUUGUAAAUGUGAUCUACAAAAACAUGAAGCUGAAAAAGGAUUAAGUCGAAAUGGUCGCCCAAUUGAUCCUCCAUCCGGUUCAUAUAUUCCGAAUUGCGCACGUGAUGGCCUCUUUUAUCAAAAACAAUGUGAAGUUGGAACCGGUGUUUGCUGGUGUGUCAACCAAGAAGGUUCACAAACAUCGAAAGAUAAAAAAGUUGGCAUCACUUGUGCUUGAUGAUGAUGAAGCCGAUUUGGAGAAAAAAUACAUUCGAAACCUGUGUUAAUGAUGAUCGUGACCAAAAACAAAAACCAUUGAAAAUUUGAUGGGAAUUGGUGAAUUUAAUUGAAUAAUUCUUUCUUAUCUUUAUAUUAGAUUUGAACAAAUAAUAAUUAAAAAAACAAACAAAAAAUA